CAGGCUAAAAGUUUGGUGGGGACAUUGACAAGGUAUUAUCUUGUUUAUUUUGUGAAGUGCUUAGAAACUGCAACAAGCUGAUGCAAUCAGUCGAUGCUCCCCAGACUGAUGAUUGUUUGGUUUGAAUGUCCAGCUCACGUGCUGCUGUGUUCAGAAAAGAUAUUAAUAACAGCGAGAUGAAGGAGCAGUGACUGUGUUAAGGAUGAGGGCACUCGACACAUGGAAAAUCUGCAGUGAUGGAUAAUGUCUCUCUGGUAACAAUGUUUUUUCUUUCAGGUUUGAAUGAAACAAAGAACCACAGAUUUACUGUCUUUUCUCUCACUUUACUGUACUACUGUUUGAUUUUGCUGGCAAAUAUUUCGCUUAUUGUGAUCAUCAUCUUGGAUAAAAACCUGCAUGAACCAAUGUAUAUUCUGCUGUGCACUUUUUGCAUGAAUGGACUUUACGGCACAGCAGGUUUCUACCCCAAGUUUCUCUGGGAUCUGCUUUCUCCUGUUCAUGUUAUCUCUUAUUCUGGAUGCCUCGUUCAGGCUCUUGUCAUGUACUCGUUUGCCUGCAGUGAUCUGUCUAUUCUUGCAGUCAUGGCAUAUGACAGAUAUGUGGCUAUAUGUCGACCACUGGAGUACCACUCUGUCAUGUCAAGGCAAAGACUCAUGAUGUUAGUGUGUUUCUCUUGGAUAACACCUGUCUACAUCAUGGCCGUAAACAUUUUUCUAACAUCUAGACUGAAGCUAUGCAGUCCAUAUAUUGCCAAGCUUUUUUGCGUGAAUUGGAUUAUUGUUAAACUUGCUUGUUUCCCAGCUGACACUGCUGUUAACAAUGUAGUUGCAUACAUUACAAUCAUCAUUUAUGUCCUUCACGGUGUUUUUAUAGUUUGGUCCUACAUGUAUCUCAUUAAAACGUGUGUGAAUUCUAGAGAAAACAGGGCAAAGUUCAUGCAGACUUGUGUGCCACAUUUAAUCUCCUUACUCACUUUUCUUCUGACGGUACUUUUUGAUGUUAUGAAUACACGAUUUGGUUCAAAAGAUUUACCUCAAACUCUUCAAAACUUUGUUGCAACAGAAUUUCUUCUCAUACCUCCCAUCAUGAAUCCACUCAUUUAUGGUUUCAAGUUAACGAAAAUUCGUAACAGACUUCUGGCUGUUACAACUUUUAAGAUUAAAUGACUUUUGUCAUUCAUGGUACGGGAAAAAGACCUUUAAAGCUUGUAUUUCAAUAAAUUCCAAUUAUUAAACCAGUUAUACAGUUUGAAGUUUUUGUGUGCACAUCUCAGAUGAUCUUUGUAACCCUUGUUUUCACUAAAUAUCUUUGCUCUUUGCAUGAAAUGCAUUUUGGAUGAUAUGUUUCUUCAUAUAUGCACAAAGGAGAAAAGGAGCACAUGCCAGAAUAGUAAUAAUAAUCUUAUCAAUUACAACACGAAAGGCAGAGGAAUUAAUGUCAUAUUCACAAUCCAGCCUUGUUUCUAUCAGAUCGGAUCUGAGUGGUUCAUUUCUAACUUUCGUUUCUAGUAUUCAUUUGUUUAAGUGGAAAUUGCAUUUGAUACUUGCAUUACUUCAUUUCUGCUCAUAGCUGCAAGUGAUUUAAUUGUACUUCUUUACAAAACACCCAUGCAGGCAUGUAAUUGUUCCCGUUGUUCACAUACUGCUGUGUCUUUUCAAAUGUUUUAUUUUGUGAGAGUGAUGACUGAGGAGGCAACAACCUGUAGGUCUCAUAGUAAAACCUUACUGACCUGAAAUAUGUUUUUUUUAUUUCAUCUUGUUGUCAUUUGAGUUU